AUGACGUCACACACGCGCGACGGAACUCUUCAGCACGUUUGUUUUCCAGCAGUCUGCCAGCUAUUCUGCGGGGAUCAUGCCACCUAAGGGCAAAGGGGGGAAAGGGGCAAAAGGUGGAGCAACUGGGGGUGAAGCACCUGAUAAGAAAGCUCCAACACCAAAGGGCGGAACGUCGGUCAAGGUGAGGCACAUCCUGUGUGAAAAGCAUGGGAAGGUUAUGGAAGCCAUGGAAAAACUAAAGUCAGGAGUGCGAUUCAGUGAAGUGGCGACACAAUACAGCGAAGACAAAGCGAGACAAGGGGGAGACUUGGGCUGGAUGACGAGAGGCUCCAUGGUAGGACCUUUUCAAGAAGCUGCAUUUGCUCUAGCUGUCAGCACAAUGGACAAACCAGUGUAUACUGACCCUCCUGUGAAAACCAAGUUUGGGUACCAUAUUAUCAUGGUGGAAGGAAGAAAAUGAAGAAAAAACUAUUACAUUGUGAAUCUUGUAUUAUUUGUUUACUCACUAAGCAGUGAAUGGAAAACUGAAUUGAAAAUUCUACACCACAGCUAUCAUCACAACUUGGCUAUUUGUCUUACAUUUGCACAACAAUUCUCUGUUUUGUGAAUAAAUCCCUGCGUGGUCUUCCUCAAAGUGAAUUCCUAUGGUUUACACCUGUAAUAAAAUGAAAGUGUGGAGA